AUGGAAUGCUACAAAAGUAUAGUUUAUAGUAUCGACACAUUCAGAAAAAUUGAUGAAAUAUUUAAAACUCCUGAUAAGUGUGUUGUAAUAUGGAGCUCUUAUGGAUUAAUUGUGAUGCAUGCAUUUUAUGAAAUUACGCCGGAGGAGGAUGAGAUGGUAUAUUAUAAUCCCUCUAUUCGAAAGUAUUGGUCGAUCCCCCCUUGUCCUUGUUUCACUUUGAUAUUUCGGCCAGGUUUCGCCCUGUCUACUAAUGAUUAUAAGGUUGUUGCUUUUGAUUACUCUGAGUUUUCGAUAGUGAUUUACUCAUCAAAUGAUAACCUUUGGAGGAUCAAAGAUAGGUCGGAUGCUCACGUUCGAGGCCUUUUAAGUUAUAAUGACGGGGAUGAAUUUUAUUGUAAGGGUUCUAUGUACUGGUUAGGCUUUGAAAAGGAUAAACCUCGUGGCGUACAUAAUCAUCUUGUAUCGUUCGAUUAUGAUUCCGAGGAAUUCAUCUUUGUGGAUUUGCCUGAUGCUCUUAGACAACCAGGUCUAGUUAAAAUUAAUUUUGUCCUUGGUGAGUCUAUAGCAAUUUUCGCUAUGUCUUCGGAUCGUGCCUGCAUAUGGGUUUUGGUCGAAUAUGGUGGGGAUAAAUCUAAAUCAUGGCGGCUGUGGUAUACUGGAGAUUCAAAUUCAAAAGCUCUUCAGUUUCUUACAACAAGUAUUCGUACCAAGAUUUUUGAUGUUGAUAAGAAUACAUUUUUCGUAUUUAAUAGAGAUAGAUUGUAUUCUUAUAACUUCAGAAGUCACCGGAUACAACAUUUGGAAGAUUAUAAUGAUGGUCAUAUGUAUUUUGACAUUUAUAUGGAGAGCUUAGUACUGCACAAGCGAAACCAAAGGAAGAUUUUGACGUACCAUGAUGAGGAUGGUGAUGAAAGAACAAAAUUGGUCCGUGUUUAG